AUGGGUUUGGAAGGGAAAUUGGAGAGAGAAAUAGAGAUAAAGGCAGAGGCAAAUAGGUUUUACCAAGUGUUUAGAAAGGAAAUGCAUUUGUUACCCACUGUUUGUUCCCAACAUUUGAAAUCUGUUGAGCUGCAUCAUGGUGAUUGGGACACUGUGGGAUCUGUCAAGCAUUGGAACUACCACUUGGACGGGGAGGCUCUGAACCUAAAAGAAAAGGUAGAAGAAGUGGAUGAUGAGAAGAGAACGAUAAUCUUUAAAGUGGUGGAAGGAGACCUUCUGAGACACCAUUAUAAGCAUCUUAAGGUUACCAUUCAAGUUGACCCGAACAAAGAAGGGGAAAAAGAAAAGGAGGGUUGCGUCGUGAAAUUGACGAUCGACUACGAGAAGUGGAACGACGAGGUUGCACGUCCAGAGGCCUACAUGGACCUUGCAGUGAAAGUGAUCGCAGCCACAGAGGCUCAUCUUCUUAAUGAAUAAUAAGCUUUUGAUUUCAAUUUAAUGGCUGAUAUUGCCACUUUUUUUAUGCUGUGUUUGGUUUGGUGUGAAACGUUUUGGAUAUACUUUUUCAUCUGUUUAUUGUUUUUGUAAUAUAAUUAACUAAAUAAUAUUGUGUGAUGUUUUAAAUGAGUGAA